AUGGGCUACGUCGAAAGCAGAAAAUUCCUCCCCGCCAGCUCGAAGGUCUCAUCAUCCAGUCGCGCCGAUAUCCGCCGCUGUCAAAAAAAUUACAUGGCGCUGGCGCGAAAUUCCUUAGCCUGCAGGCAAGUAGGGGUUGGCUUACCAGGAGCUGUUGCUACCAUCCGGAGACCUCUGAUGUCUUACUCGAAAAAAGGCUUUGUAUAUCGCUGUAGGGGAUCGAAUUUCAGGCUUCUCAAUGUUCAUCGUAACAUCGGCCAGCCUAUUCACACUUUCAUUGACUGGAUUGCUAGGAACAGUGUUCAACAGGGAAAAGAUCCCUUGGCUGAUACAUUUUUGGGAUAUUUUAACGGUGAAAUGGGGUUAGCUGGGAAUCCUGUCGAGGUUGACCUUUUGCUACUUGCAACAAAUCCCAGAGGAGCUAGAGAACUUUCACAAGAGUUCCCCCAUUGUUCGAAAACUAUAUCGCAAGGUGAGCUGGAUGGGCUGAUCGAGGGCAUAUAUAGAGAGGGGAGCAGACAAUUAGGUAUUGAGAGACGACCUAGGUAUAUUAAGGAAAAGGGUGAGAGGCGAAAGACCUACAUUCACCCCCGACGCAGGCGUACCAGUACACUGAUUUCCUUUUGGAAUGGUUUUGCUCAGGGGGAAAAAGACUCUUCACUCUGCAUCGACGAACAAGGUUCCCACAGCAAGUCUCUUUUAUCUAAGGUACUCGCUAGUCUUGUUGACCCAGCAGAAUCUCUUGUCGAAGAGGGAGCCGCGACCUGCGACCCGCGAUAUUUUGGUUCGUUCUUUGAUACCGCUAUGAGAAGUCAGGGUUGCAAAAUCUGUGCGAAAUCUCUGGGUAUUAGUAUGACAUGCCGAGCUCAAAAGCAGAAUUCCGUCUUAGUAUUAAUCGAGGGCAAUGCUAAAGCAUUUGCACUGGAAUUUCGUGGGUUAGCAGGAUUAGUGGUACCUCGUCGGAUGGCCUCACUUUCUUACGAUGCGGCCAAGAAUCUGUUGUGUUCGCCAUAUGAGGAUCCUCCCUUGGAUAGGUACCUAGAUCCCGAUCCCGGGAUCCCACCAAUAAGCAAGGUCAUCUCGAGAAUACGCCAACCUAUUCAGCGCGUGAGGCUAGGAACUGUCCACUUUAGAAGCACUCCUUUUUCACGGCGCGGAUACUUCUAUCCCAAAUAUUGUCGGACAAACGGUGUUCACAUUGCUGCCAGGCAGCAGCAAUUCUCCACCAUAUAUCCUUACUUUACUGUAGAGGUAUUAGAGGCCAUUAGCGCCCUUGGCUCUAAAGGGCAGACUCACCUGGACCUUGCCGUUUACCUCGCUGUGUGGGGAACACCCACCAAUCCUGGAAACAGCAAUAAAAUCAUCGGGAUCAACAAGAAGUACUAUUUCCCUCUUGAAAGGUAUCUAUCGAAGGAUUUGUCGCACGUGAAACUGGUUCACGUGACCCGCGCAGAGUGA